AUGAAUACAGAUUUGACCAUAAAUGCUGAGCUGUUUACACCUAGAAAUCAACAGUUCACAUUUUCUGAGCUGAAGAGUAUUACUAACAACUUCAAGACAAUUAUUGGGAGAGGAGGGUUUGGAACAGUGUACUAUGGGUAUAAUGGUAAUGACCCGGUUGCUGUAAAGAUGCUUACUGAAUCAUCAAGUCAAGGCUAUAAGGAAUUUCAGGCAGAGGUCAAGCUUCUAAUGGAUGUCCGUCGUAAAAACAUAACCUCACUAGUUGGAUACUGCAAUGACAACAACCAAAAGGGGAUUAUCUACGAGUACAUGGCUAAUGGGAGCUUAGAAAUGCAUCUAUUUGAUGGAAGUCCAAAUGUCUUGAGCUGGGAAACAAGGUUACAAAUUGCAUGUGAUGCAGCAGAAGGGCUAGUGUACCUGCAUCAUGGUUGCAAGCCACCGAUCGUCCAUAGAGAUGUGAAACCUUCAAACAUACUAUUGAAUCAAGUUUUCCAAGCAAAACUAGCAGAUUUUGGGAUGUCCAAGGCUUUUGCAACUGAAGAUGCCACCCAUGUAUCAACAGUAGUUGUCGGUACUCGUGGAUACCUUGACCCUGAGUAUUACUUAACUAACUGGUUGACCGAGAAAAGCGACGUGUAUAGUUUUGGAGUAGUACUCUUGGAGUUGAUUACAAGCCGACAAGCGACAUCUGAAGACAUAAACAUGAUUGAACGGGUUAAGUCAAUGGUUGCACAAGGAAAUGUUAAUAAUUUAGUUGACCCUAGGUUAGAGGGGAGGUUUAACAUCAAUACAGCCUGGAAGGUAGUAGAAUUGGCAAUUGCCUGUGUUUCUCACACAUCCAUCAGAAGGCCCACCAUGAACAAUGUGGCUAUGGAGCUCAAGAACUGUUUGCAAGUAGAGAAAGCUUGUGAUGGUAAACCAAAUAAUCAAAGUGGAUACUUAUCCUUUAAUGUGGAAUCUAUGAUCAGUCCAAAGGCAAGAUAGUGAACUCUUGAAACUGUCAAGUGUCAAGUAUUUGGCUCUUCUUUAAAACAGGUUGUGUGUGUAUGUUUGUAUUAACAUAUUCCUCCUUGUAACUUGUAAGUGAUCAAACUAUAAGUCCAGCAUAAACUGUUAAUUGUAAUAGACAUCCUGCAUUAUAAUAAUGUAUAAAAUUGUGUACUUCAA